AUGAGAGUUAUUGCAACAAGUGCCAUUGCAACAGGAUUAUUAACAUACCAACUCUAUCCUCAUCUAUUUCCAAAUCGUAUUCGACCCAAGCAUAUGACAGGAUUUCCAAUCAUGCAAGAGACAAUGGCCUCAUUCAAAGAAAUUUGUCAGAAGCUUGAUAUCGAUCAUAGUGACAAAGUCAAAGUCUAUGUCGACAAAAGUCUGACUGCUGGAAAUUUAGGAAAUAGUUGGUUGCCCAACGGAGCAAUCCUUAGCUUGCCGUGUACUAUUUAUUUUAAAACCGUCAAUGAUGUCAUAUAUUCUAGAAUUACUUUUGGCAAUCAAAAGAUUGAACGUGAAGAUUUACUCAAAUCUUUCAUUACUUCAGCGAAUUGUAAUAAUUUCCAGAUGGCUCACGAAUUAUCCCACUUAAAAUUGAACGACUUUAUACCUCGAAGCAUUGUAAUGCCUACCUUUUACAUAAUAGCUAGUGGUGUCUAUAGUCUGUGCAAUAAGUUCUUCUUAGGAUCGACACUAUUAAGGGGACUAAGCAAAGCCGCGGUCAUAGCUGUAGCCAUAGGCUGUUUCGUAGCUACGAACUCCUACAUUAUCUACAGACAGGAAUAUAGAGCUGAUCAUACUGCAGCUAGUAUUGAUCCAACGUACUUAAUAGGUGGUAUAGAACUUAUGCACAAGUAUCUUGACUGGGAAAACAAGUUUAACAAGAAUGGUCCAUCUAAACCUUUCUUAACGGUCAUGUUGAAACGCUUAUCGCAUCCACCGGUAGAAAGGAGGCUUCAGCGGUUAUUAGACAUGCAAGAGCAGAGGGCUAUCGCUGAUAGUAAGAAUUAA